AUGGUCCACUACCACCUUCUGGGUGAGGACCUCAGCUGGGCCAAGGUGAGCGCCGUGGGGGUGUCCCUGACUCGACCAGCCCACGGGAUCCACUGCAGGUGCGCCAAGUGCUUCUGCUACCCCAAGCGCCGGCUGCGGAGGCGGCCCCGGCCCCUGAGCCUGCUGAGUCUCCCCGAGGACGUGCUCUUCCACAUCCUGAAGUGGCUCUCGGUGGGGGAUAUCCUCGCCGUCCGUGCUGUCCAUUCUCACCUGCGGGCCCUGGUGGACCAUCACAGCAGCGUGUGGGCGAGUGCCAGCUUCCAGGAGCUCUGGCCUUCCCUACAGAAUUUGCAGCUCUUUGAAAGGGCUGCGGAGAAGGGGAACUUUGAGGCUGCCGUGAAGCUGGGCAUCGCCUACCUCUACAACGAAGGCCUGUCCGUGUCCGAUGAGGCCCGCGCCGAGGUGAACGGGCUCAAGGCCUCCCGCUUCUUCAGCCUGGCUGAGCGGCUGAGCGCAGGCGCCGCGCCCUUCAUCUGGCUCUUCAUCCGGCCACCCUGGUCGCUGUCCGGGAGCUGCUGCAAGGCCGUGGUGCACGAGAGCCUCCGUGCCGAGAGCGAGCUGCCAGGGGCUCACAAGGCGUCCAUCCUGCACUGCCUGGGCCGGGUGCUGAGUCUCUUCGAGGAUGAAGAGAAGAGGCGGCAGGCCCGGGACCUGUUUGAGGCGUCUGCGAGUCAGGGCUGCCUGCCCAGCGCCUACCUCCUGUGGGAGAGCGACAGGGACGCAGAUAUGUCUGACCCUGGACGAUGCCUCCACAGCUUCCGGAAACUCAGGGACUACGCCGCCAAGGGCUGCUGGGAAGCCCGGCUUGCCCUCGCCAAGGCCUGUGCGCACCGGAAGCAGCUGGGGCUGGAGGUGGGCGCAGCCAGCGAGGUGGUCAGCCAGCUCUUCCAGAGCUCCCCGGCCGUCAGCAAGCAGCGCGUCUUCUCCGUGCAGAAGGGGCUCAGCGACACCAUGCGGUACAUUCUGAUCGACUGGCUGGUGGAAGUGGCUACCAUGAAAGACUUCACGAGCCUGUGUCUGCACCUGACCGUGGAGUGUGUGGACCGCUACCUGCGGAGGCGGCCCGUCCCCCGACACCGGCUCCAGCUGCUGGGCAUCGCCUGCAUGGUCAUUUGCACCCGGUUCAUCAGCAAGGAGAUCCUGACCAUCCGAGAGGCUGUGUGGCUCACGGACAACACUUACAAGUACGAGGACCUGGUGCGCAUGAUGGGCGAGGUGGUCGCCGCCCUGGAGGGCAGGAUCCGUGUCCCCACCGUGGUGGACUACAAGGACGUGCUGCUGACCCUGGUGCCCGUGGCACCCCGCACCCGGCGCCUGUGCGGCUUCCUGUGCGAGCUGUCCCUGCUGCACCCCGGGCUGGCCGUGUACUCGCCCGCACGCCUGGCCGCCGCCGCCCUGCUGCUCGCCCGGCUCACGCAUGGCCAGACACAGCCCUGGAGCCCCUGGCUGUGGGACCUCACGGGCUUCUCCUGUGAGGCGCUCACGCCCUGCGUCCUGAGCCUCCAUCAGAAGUGCUUCCACGAUGAUGCCCCCAAGGACCACCGGCAGGUGUCUCUGACCGCCGUGAGGCAGCGAUUCGAGGACAUCAGCCAGGAGGAGGUGCUGAGCUACGGCCAGCUGUGUGCGGCUCUGGGCGUACAGCAGGACAGCCCUGAGCCCACGUCCUUCCUCGGUGCUGGCGACAUCCACAGCUUCCUCAGCUCGCCCUCCGGCCGGAGAACCAAGCGGAAACGGGAGAACAGCCCCCAGGAGGACAGGGGCAGCUUUGUCACUACACCAACCGCUGAGCUGUCCAGCCAGGAGGAGACCCUGCUGGGCAGCUUCCUGGACUGGAGCCUGGACUACUGCUCGGGCUACGAGGGCGACCAAGAGAGUGAGGGCGAGAAGGAGGGCGACGUGACGGCUCCCAGUGGUCUUCUCGAUGUCACCGUGGUUUGCCUGAACGCACAGCAGCACUGCUGCCAGGACUCCAGCGACGAGGACGAGAACGUCGCCUGCCCGGAGGAGGAGGGAGCCCGCCACACAGCCCCAGUGGCCCCAGGACCAACCAGCCCUCCGUGCAGCGCAGCAGAGCCAGCCCACGACGUGACCACCUCGGGGUACUCCUCGGUCAGCAGCACGAGCCCCACAAACUCGGCGGACAUAGGCGGCCCUUCCCGAUCUACCUCUGUGCUGUCCCUGGGCAGCGACCUGUGCACACAGCCCUGCCGACAGCGCUGGCCCCCCGAGAGUGGCUUUCCCCGGCGGCAGGUGAAGAGGAAGAACCUGUCGGCCUAUGACGAGCAGGACGCAGCCCUGGGCUUCCUGCGCCUGUGA